AUGACUAGUGAAGAGCAAAGACGGCAGUUGUAUAACCGACAGGAAUAUGUUGUCGGUACGGAGACACAAGCAAAGUAUGGAUGCACGGAUGUACUUGUCGUGGGGGCAUGUGGACUGGGUGCGGAAAUUAUAAAGAAUUUAACGCUCACUGGCGUGCGCUCUAUCAAAGUAUUGGACAACGGCCUUGCAACACUGCAGGACUUGGGCACAAACUUCUUUUUGACUCCCGCAGAUAUGGGUAAACCGCGCGCGGAAGUGGUGGCUGCGAGAGCACAGGAGCUGAACCGUUUCGUUAGCGUAACUGCUGUCGACGUCCCUUUGCACGAGGUUAUACCAGCAGUUCAUGUGGUGGUCUUCGUUAACCAGCGCACAACACUGCUUCUUGCCGAAAACGCCAUGGCACGAAAACAUAACGUGAAAUUUGUGGCAUGUGAAAGCCGUGGCGUCGCUGGGUGCGUGUUUGUGGAUGCCGGCCCCUCCUUUACUGUGCUUGACCCCGACGGCGAGGAAACAGUUGUAUGUGUCGUGACGAAUAUAUCUCGGGAUGGUGUUGUAUCACUACAUGAAGACAAGAAGCACGAGUGCGAAGUUGGCGGUCGCGUGUUUCUUACGGGUUUGGUAUCGCCCGAGUCACUAAACUCGACGGUUGAUCCCUUUGCUCUACACAACGGUCGGGCCACCACCGAGUGCGCACAGGGUGAUAAUUCACCCACUGGGGCUUCGUCAUCUCUGCGGCUGUUUGAAGUGUCGGAAGUCGUCUCACCCUUUCAUCUGCGACUGAAAGACUUCGGCGCAAUUGUUGGUGAUUCCCCAAUCGAAACAGGCUAUGCAUGCUACCUCCACACGACCAAACGGAAGGUCCUCGUGGGGUUUAAAGACCUUCAGCUCAGCGUGAUGCAGCCAGAGUUUGUUACGUUGUUUGACAGCGAAAAGAAAAUGAUGGCCCCAAUGACACUUCACGCCCUGUUCCGAGCUGUGCACAGCCAUGGAAAGCUGCCGACGACACCAAUCGAGGUUAGAGAUGUGCUGAAGGCAGCCGAGGCGUACUUCAGUAGUGGAAAUGAUCAGGUGCACAAUGGCUUUGAUGUGGAGACUGCCGAGAGUAUACUUUCAGUAAUGCAUGGUCGGCUUAACCCCAUGGACUGCUUCAUUGGUGGUCUUGCCUCGCAGGAGGUUCUCAAGGUGUGCAGCGGCAAAUUCACUCCGCUGCGUCAGUGGUUGUACUACGAUGCACGGGAGUUGCUUGUGGCACGGGGCGAGAUGAGUGAAACCGGGUGCGUGUCAACCGCGCCAGGCGGGAGUCGUUAUGAUGGGCAAAUUGCUGUUCUCGGCUCUUCUUUCCAGUCUUUCCUUUCUCGGCAGCGUGUCUUCAUUGUGGGCGCGGGAGCACUCGGGUGUGAACUUAUCAAGAACGUCGCAUGCAUGGGUUUUGGCGCCGUCUCCAUUACAGACAUGGACACCAUUGAAAUGAGUAACCUCUCAAGGCAGUUUCUCUUUCGCAACAGCCACAUUGGGCAACAGAAGUCUAAAGUAGCGGGAGAGGCAGCACGUGCCAUAAACGGUGAUUUGAAGGUAAGCGCAUAUCUGGAGAAGGUGGCGCAAGAAACAGAAAAUGUGUUUGAUGAGAAGUUCUGGGAGUCCCAUUCUCUUGUACUCAACGCGCUUGACAAUGUAGAAAGCCGGAAAUAUGUUGAUGCGCGGUGCCUAUUCUUCAGGAAACCCUUGUUUGAGAGCGGAACGCUCGGUCCAAAAUGCAAUGUUCAGUGCGUGAUUCCGUAUUGCACUGAAAGUUACAGUAGCAGUUAUGAUCCACCGGAGAAGUCUAUCCCGCUUUGCACGUUGAAAAACUUCCCCAACGUCAUUGAGCACACUAUUCAGUGGGCGCGGGAUAACUUCGAUGCCGUGUUUUUCAGCACGCCCAGUGAUGUGAAUGGCUACCUGGAAGACCCCACAACUUUUGCAUCUAAUUUGGAGCGGGACCCCGGAACGAAGUCAAUUGUAUUGAAGGCCGUUCGAGACGCGUUAGUGCAGUGGCCGAAGGAUGCUGCCGACUGUGUCCGCAUGGCGCGAAGUCUGUUCCACGAAUAUUUCAACUCGUCCUUCAGGCAGUUGCUACACAAUCUUCCCCUUGACAAGCGCAAUGACAACGGUGACCUCUUUUGGAGCGGUGCAAAGAAGCCGCCAAAACCUCAGGAGUUCAGCGUGGACUCUGAACUAAACGUUUCGUUUGUCUAUCACUGUGCCAAACUUCUUGCACAGGUUUACAACCUGUCAGCCUUCACGCUGUCGGUGAAGGAGGUUGCAGAACUGGCGAUGCAAGUAGCAGUUCCUGGUUUUGUACCACGUGAGGCGCGUUUCGAAACAAAUGAGGCUGAGAACAAAGAGGGAGCCGCAGCACAACUUGUUGGUGACUUGACGAUGCAAGAUCUUCCUCCAGUGAGUCAAUUUAACUCUCGGCGAAUGAACCCACUGGUGUUUGAAAAGGACGACCCCAAUAAUUCCCACAUGGACUACAUCACAGCUUGCUCAAACCUCCGUGCCACGGCGUAUAGCAUUCCUCCGGCGGAUGUUCACUAUACAAAACGCAUUGCUGGAAGAAUCAUCCCUGCAAUGGUAACAACAACGGCCCUAGUUACUGGGCUAGUGGGGAUAGAAGCACUCAAGUACCUCCUCCUCGCGCAUCGUGAGAAUGGUGCACAGGGACUUGCUAAGGCCAAUCCAAUAACAGAGAAAGUACAGGAGGAGUAUCUGAGUUUGUACCGCAAUGCGUUUGUUAAUGUCGCACUGCCCUUCAUGGCUUUCUCCGACCCCAUCGCCGCUCCUGCAAAGACAGUUCCGAUGCCCGACGGCUCAUCGGUCCGCUGGGGAAUUUGGGAUCGCAUUGAUAUUAAUGAAGGCCGUGACAUCACCGUGAAGGAGCUCGUUAGUAUCCUUGAGAAACGGCAUCAGCUGGAAAUAUUCAUCAUUGCGUUACCAUGUGGAAAGAUGGUAUACUCACAGUUUGGUAAUGUGAAGGACCGCGACAAACCAGUCUCCGUUGUCGUGCGCGAAAAGACAAAAGGGGAGGAAAAAGAUGAGCUGAGUUGCAUUUGCUUUGUCGCCACGGGGAGCAUCGGAGAUAAUGACGUGGAUAUUCCUCUAAUUUAUUACAGGUACAAGGAUUUUUAA